AUAUGAAUGAAUUACAAAAGACACCAGACUGAAUCUGUGUUGGAUUUGAGUUGUAGAAAAUUGUUCAGCUUUAGUGAUCAUAACACUUUAUUUUAAAUGAUAACAAUUCACUCUGGUUUGUUCUUUACUUCUUGGAAUAUGGAGUUUAAAAAAAAGCAGAAUUGGAACCCAAACAAAAGCUAAAUAUAUAUGGUUUAAUGGCUUUGCAGUUCAGCAUGUCAUGACAGUACUGUUGCUGUUGCCUAAGAUUGUUCGUUUCUCUUUUUGUAAUCAGGGUUUUUAGAUACUCCUCCAGAUUCUAAACACACUUUUAACACUACUUGUGAAAUUAAAGUUGUCAAAAGACAAUCAAGAAAAAAAUUAACGUACACAAGAUAGAUAGUACACCCACUUAUAUAUGAAUGCAAACAAAAAUAGAUAGAUAAUGGCCCUGUGUCCAGUAUCUGGAUCUCUGAGGCGGUAACUAUGGUCAUGUUCUAAGACGAACCUAAUAUUAAAAAUACCAUUUCUAUGACAAAUAUACACACUCCCUUUGGAUGCUCUCUUGUAAAUAAAAGCAUUGAUGUGUUUAAUAAAGUUGUGUGGUGUAGUAGUGUGGUGUAGUCAAAUGUGAUGUCUCUUGACAUCACAUUCUGAACCCUGUUAUGACACAAAAUGCAGCUCGUUAUGACAACAUGUAUGUAUACAUGUAUGUAUACAUGUUUUAAAGGAAAACCUUGUGACAAACUCCAGUGAGUUACAACCUGACCUCAAAUAGAGAAACAUCUCAGUGGAAAUGGAAACAACUAUGGGAAGUACACCACAACUACAAGCAAAUACUACAACUCCAAUACCGCUUCAGCAUCUGUGUUCAGUAGACAUGGAGAAAAGGGUUGAGGACUCCCAGCAUGCUCUCAGCAUAUUCGUGCCAGCCAUGCAACAGGUCCUUCUGAGCUCCAAAGCAGAAAACAAGAAGCUGGCUACAGAAAAUGCUGCUCUGAGGAAGUGGACAGCCAUCAAGCAGCUCCGCUGGGAGCAAGAAAAAAAGAAGCUGCUGUAUGAAAAGGACUUUUUAGUGUCAACUCUGAAUAUGGCCAAAUGUGACAUGGUUAAGGCUUUAGUGUUCGCAAGAGCUAGUCAAAAAAAGUUUGACACUCAAGGAGAGGGCAAGAAGGAUAAAUUACGCUCCUUGACAGAAAGUCUGUACUUCCACAUGAUGGAGACUGAGAAGGUAAAAAAAUCCUGGAAGGCAGAGUGGGACCAGCUCAGUGAAAUGAAACUUUCCUUUGAUAAAAUGUUGAUACAGUUAAAUAAAGAGUGGGAAAGCCGGGCGAUUGCUAGGCAGAAGGAGGUAGCUGCUGAGCUGGAAACUCUGCAGCAGGACUGCGAGAAGAAGGUGAGCCAGGUCAUCCAGGAAAAGGAUGAAGUGAUCGCCAGUGUCAGAAAGGAAAUGAUGGCACUGAUAGAGGGAAAUCUGGAGAGCUUGGCCAAGGUGAGAGCAUUGGAGACACAGAUCUGCCAGAGACAGACAGAGGAGAAGGAGGAGAGCUUUAAGAAAAUACAGGAGCUGCAGAAACAGAGCAGAGAGGUGGAAGAGAAGUGGCUCAUCAAGGAACAGGAGUGGCUCAACAAGGAGUACGCCUUAAAAACGAACAAAGAGAAGGCCAAGAUGGCAAAGGAUGAAAAGAAGGCAAAGAAGGAGACAGAAAAGAGGCUGAAGAAGGAGAAAAAAGAGGCGGACGAGAGAGAGAAGAAGGAGAGAGAGGAAAAUGCGAGGAAGGAUAAGAAAAGAUUGAAGACAGAGAAGAAAGAAAACAAGGAAAGGGAGAAAAAAGAGAAGUAGAAGUAGAGUGAGGAGACAGUGGAGUGGAGGAGCAGUCCCCUCCGAACAAACCUCCACCAGCAAGCCUUUACCAGCAAAAGA